UUAAAUUGUCAGUUUGUGUACCUCGGCUGAUUCCUGGACGAGGAUUUUGUGCACAAAUAAGUUCGGAAAUUACUAGUGAAUUUCCGGGCGUGACACAGGACCCCCUCUGGGCAGUAUUGACAAUAUCGAGUUGGCGGGAUUUAAGAGCAGAAACUUCGACAGAUGGUGGGGUGAGUGGAAGUUGCACUUGUUUCAACAAUCAGCUUCGAUGUACAUGACAGACCUAUUCCCUGACAUCAUACCCAAGACAAUCGACUCUUCCCCUCCACGUCAAAGCAACAGUGGUGUCCAAUAUGCCCCAGGUUUGAUCCCAAAUGGAGGUGGACCAUCUCCCCCCGUCAUCGGCUACCAUGCCCCCAAGACUUCAACUCUUCUUCAAGGCUUAAUCAGAGAACCAACCGAUGUAAGCAAGAAAAGAAAAACUAGAUCAUCGGCUAUGGGCACUUUGGCUCUAGUUCCAAAGAGAAAGGUCAAGUCUAAGAAAACCAAGCCGACCGAUGACCUGCUUGCCUUGGAUCCAUCCAUUGAACGAGCUCUGGAUGAAGAAGACAUUGAAGACGAUGUUGAUCAGGCUGUAGCUGAAGUGAGUGACACAGAAAAAACGCCAUCGGCAUUACCCAAGCAGACGCCUCUGACUCCUUCUGCCCCCACUCAUUUCUUAAGAAAGAAGAAAACUGCUGUAAAGAAGAAAUCAACAACAACAAUUGUCAAGCCAGUUCCGCCACCUCCUCCCCCUCCUUCUCCUCCUGUACUGCAAUCGUCGAGUGACCGGACUCCAUCGGCUGUAGGGAGUCAUCAUAUUGGGGAAGAAGAACAACCAGCUGCUCCUACUAUCCCAGUUCUAGCCGAUCAGAUUUCUUUUGACAUCAGAGAUUAUCUUGAUGAAGCAGAAGAGGAUACUUCAAGCAAAGCGCUAGCCCCCUUAUCUGACGAUGUGAAGAAAACACUUGAAGAUAUCUCUUGUCGGCUAGAGGCCUCUUCUUUAGAUAGCUUAGUGGUCGACUAUGGAUCAAUUAGGACACGGCUACAUGAAGUUCAAGCUCUGAUUCUCGAAGAACUGGCCGCUGUCCUAACUCCAGCCGCUUAUCUCGAGCAAAACCAGUUCAAGCUGGAAAAAGCCAAUCAAAGACUAGCCGAACGCCGUGAGUGCAAGGAGAUUGAAGCCACAAUCCAGGUCAAUCGACAGCUUGUGCAUGAAGAAAAAGUCAAACUAGAUUAGCUAUCUGAGGGUCCGAUUAAGUCCAAUAUUAAUCGGCUCAAAGCUCGCAAGAUCGAUCUCUUGGCACAGCUUGAAGAAUGCAAUGCUGAACUAGAUAUGGAGCACAAAAGGCUAGCCGAUCUCCCAAAAUCUGUCGAAGAGCAGAAAGCAAGGCUUAAAUCGGCUAUCAAGAAUGUUGCUGACCUAACCAAGUCCCUGAAGGUCAUUUCUGGAACCGAUGCUCAAGAUGCCCAAGCUAUUGAAGAAGUCAAACAAAUUAGGCAAAGGGCUAUUUUGGCUAUCCAACGGUACUUGUCUCAAUAACUUUUGUGUAAUAGGACUUAGAAAUUUUUGUAAUCGGCUAAGAUGCCUUAAUACCCCGCUGUUUUAACAAUCCUUUGUGCCGAUUAACAUAACUUCCAAUUUUUCUCAAAAAUUUUCACUUUCAUUUUU